GUUCGCGGGAUCCAGCCGCAGUAUCCAUGGGGGCCGCGUGGUGCAGAGAGCGGUCGUUGGAGGCGCAUGACUCCAAGUCUCCACUCCGCAGAAUCAUCUUACAGAUCUGCCCAACUGGGCGUGCCGAGCAGCGACCAAGAGCUUCCGAGUUCAACAGUAACAAAAAUGAACUCGACAGGAUCAAGAGCAGACCUCUAGUAAGUCAGCCAGUGCCAAUUCAUACCACACACCGGCCCAUCAGCCAGACGCAUGCGCUGAACGCCUGUUCGAAAUGGGAAGAUGCAACACUGAGCGUUCCCGAAACGCGUGAUGAGAGCAGAACACCAAUCCCUCCACCCAGGAAGAAGAAGCAGCAACGUCUGCAGCAGGAGGGGUGGAAGUCCAUCCCUCGGCCUCCACCACCACAGCCACCUGAAGUCGCUAAGAAGAAGCGACGACAGAAGGCCCUAUCCACUGCUUCGCUGCCGAACUACGCCGAGCUGUCACUGUCUGCUUGCAGUGAGAAUCCCUCCUCUGGCCACAAGUCGCCUCCAAGAUCCGAGACAUGUGUGCCCCUCUCGGCGAAGAGCUCGGGACUUAGCUCGUUGACCGUGGAAAAGAUCGAAAACUGCGUCAGAAGAUGCAAAAGCUUCGGGGCCUUCAAGCCAGAACAACUGAAGCUGAAGAGUGCACCCAGGUAUUCCUCUGAGAGCGACGACUCGUUUGACGGACUGGAUGACUGGGACCUGCGCGUCAUAGAACACUGUGACGCGCACGAGGACAGCCCACCGCACACCAUGUUGCCCACACAAAGGGGAAGCAGGAAGAGUUCAACUGACGGCAAAGAAGACCACAGGGAAGAAAUUUCGACGUCACCAGACCGAGGAAAUGAAACGACGAACUUAGUAGAUCAAGGGAUGGAUCAACCAGACAAAAUUUCGACGUCCACCACUUCACACAAAGAAACAGCAAGCAUAAUAGAUGGACGGAUUGGUCUUCCAGAAGAAAUUUCAUUGGCUGUAAUUCCAGAAAAUCAAACGGUGAGCCCACCGGACAGAGGAAUGGAUUCUCCGGAAGAAACUUUAUUGUCUGAUGCUUCACAUGCGGAAAUGACGAGGAGUUCAUCUGGAUGCAAAGUGGGUCAAGCAGGAAGUCCAAAACCGCAAGAAUUUGAAGCGUUAAAUCAUCCAGCUCGGCCAGCUUCUGAAAUCGACGGCACAACAUUCCUGGUGUGUGAUUCCGUAAAUCAGAAGAACUCGACGGUAGACUCGAGGCUUGCGAACGGCUUCAGUGGCACAGGCACUCCGACAGGACUGAAGACUCCACCGCCCACCCCAGAGAAUUCAAAAUCCAAAUUGCAAGAGAGGCUGUUUCAUCAAGAUGACGAAGUGACUCACUCGUCCCUUCUCCGGCUGCUGAAGGAUUAUGAGACCGCGGAUGGUAAGGUGGAGGAAAUAGGAGUUAAGCCAGUUCUGAAUGGUUUGGGUGUGCCACCCACCUUGAGAGAGUCGACCAGCCGGGGCAGUAGUCGGCGUUCCUCGAUGACACCAUCCCUCAGCGAGCUAGAGGCGGCUCUUAGUGACCUCCUCGAGGCAUCAGCCUCUCGAACGGGUGCCGAAGAGGACGAGGGCGACGUCACGCCGCCGGUUCAACAGACGCUGAGAAUGAUCUCCCCAAAGCCAUUCAGCGCCUUCAGCAGCUCAUUUCACCCCGUUCAGACAAAUGUGGGGAGCAAACAGUUAGAAACUUCAGCGUGAUGCUUCAGUAGCUCACAUGUAGAUAUGUACAGCUUUGAACUAACUCUCAGCACAGCCUAUGUCAGGAGUGCCAGAUCGUCUUCCUCAGGUACAAACAGAAAGUCGAGUUGCAGUCGUCUGAACCCCCUGAUACUUAUUUGGGGGAUCAUGGGUCCCAAUCUUGGCUCAGAAAAAGGCUACGUGCUUAAAAUUGUCGGGUUUUUCCUUAGUCUUCUAAACUGAUGGCGGCUUUAAAAUCAAUUCAAGGGUAUUAUCAUAUUAAUCAUCAAUAAGUUAUCGGGAAGUUAUUUUCACAUUAUCAGCGUAUAGACAACAAAAGAUGUCACAAGGCAUGGCGAAACAGACGCCACAGAAAAUUCAAUUGAUUCUACCCAUAGGUAGGCCGCACAUCGGCAUGCGUCAAGACAUAUAACAGUCAAGACACGAUGUCUGCGACAUGACGCAAAGAAAGGAGCACAGUUGAAAUGAAUGAGAUUAUAAAAACCACAGCACAGCGGUCUCAGUCAUGAUACUGAAGAAUCACGAAUGAAGCAAUACUGCGCCUUUUGUCUCUUGUCUUGACGCAGUUGAUGUGCGGCCGCCCUUACGCUUCAGUCAUUCAGCUAGACUCUACAUAAUAUUAAAACAAGUCCGUGGAAGUUUGGGGGAAUUAUUAUGCCCGGAAAUACUUAGAGAAGCAACGGAAACACACUACGAAAUGCUCGUUACCGGGUCGAGGUUCAAAGCCCGGACCGCAUAGGUUUGAUGGUACCGGGCGCUGGGCCAUGGUUUUGAAUUCCCCCUCGGAACAUAUAUGUUUGACCUCGAUUUUGGGGGUUUCAGUGAUGCGCGAUGGAAUAAAAGUUGCAACGAACUGAUCAUCCGAACAGGGAUACCUAAACAAAUUACUGUCCCGGAAUAAUUGUAGAUGUAAACAGGCCAAGUAUAAAAUCCCUUAUUUGUUUGUAAUUCGAGAACAUCGAAGUUUGCUGAAGGCUGUUUAUACAUAACGUAUCAACUGUAGAGGGUUCUUUGGACAUCCUGUGAGUGCCAUUGCAUUAUAGCGGACAGCAAAGGCAACAUAUUAAAACGAAUGUCGUUUCUAGAAAAUGACACCACACUGUAUAUGAAAACAAUUUGUUCCUACCCCCGCUUUGUACACUAACUGAAUAUAUGAGAUUGUUACAGGUU